AUGCAGACUCAGGACAGUGUUCCUUUUGUGGCCACAGGGCAUGAAUCUCUCAGGGGCCAGAAGCAGCAGCUGAGCCUCACCCAGGCUGUGUACAGAAAGGCAGCUGUGUACCUGCUGGAUGACCCCCUGGUGGCUUUGGACGCCCACGUCAGCCAGCACAUCUUCAACCAGUUAAAACUCGUACAACACCGCCCCCACAAGUUGAUAAUUUGCACUGGCUGUAAGUCGAAUUUGCACUUAGUUCCUGGGGCAGUGCUGAGUGGUGCGAGCAAGGGUUCGGGCCCAUUGCCAGAGCCUCCUGCCGCUUUCCGCACAGAACUUGGGAGUGGGAAGGCAUCAGCCGGACUCGAGGUUGCCCGGGAUGCGGAAACUCUAGCAGGAAGAUGCCUCCUUGCCUCGGUAACUGCGUCGCAGUUGCCGAAGAUGGCGGGGAGAGGUCUUUGUCUCAGGAGAAGCAGCAGUCCAGGGACUCCACUCCUGCCACCAGUUCAGCAACCCUCUACACCUGGACCCGACCUUCUUGCUUUGGAGAAAGAGUAAAAGUAAGAAAUUCAACGGCUGAGCUUUUCUUUUUCUUUCAUCUAAAUGAGGCUGCUUACAAGUACUUUUUCUGAACACUGGCUGGAUCUUCAGGACCACUCACUCUGCAGCAUUCCCUUCUCAUCAUCUAGUUCACUCGCUGUUUAUCCUUUCUCUUUCACCUGAGCAGUUCACCUGCAUCUUAGAAGAUAUUUGAAGUGGGUGAAAAUUUAGCCCAAGUAAACAGGAAUGUGCUUUUGGAAGUUAUUUGAGUAGCAGGAAUUGCCACGAAUAGUUCAGUUUCUAGUUUAGGUUAUUUUGCUUAGUAGUAAGUUCAUAGAGUUUACCUUAUGUAUCUUUCCUUUACAUUGGUUUCUAAAUUGAAAACAUGCUUCCGAGUGCAAUCAGAAUUACUGUUCUCGUUCAAAUUUUCCUUAUCUGGUCUCAGUAUAAUUACAAGUAUCUUGACAAACUUUCAUUCUUGGCCCAUUCCACUCAUCAUCCCUAAAUUUUCACACAGCAGCCAACGUAAUCUUUUAAUUUGAUCAUGCAAUUCCUUUGCUUAAAACUCUACAGUGGUUUCCUGAUGCACUUUAAAAGCUCCUCCUACCACCUUUUUACUUGAUCUUAUUCCCGCUCCCAUUUCCACCCCUAAAACUCUCCAG